AUGAGCGCGUGGAUGAACGACCCUGUCCCGAACCACAAUGGCAACGGCUUCCCACACAUGAACGACCCCAACGCUGCCACGGGCAUGAUGGAUCCUUCCGCCUUCAUGGCCAGUCCGGCCCAAUUCAAUCCUGCUCAGUUCGCCAACCAGCAGCAACCUCAACAGCAGCAGCCGCUCCAGCCGCCUCAACAGCAACAACCCCCUCAGCAACAAAUGGCCGCCAUGCAGCAACAGAAUGGCCCUAUGCGCCACGCAUCCCCCUCCGCCUUCCAGCAGAAUCCCGCCUAUCAAACAAAUUCCGUCAUCCCAUCCAAGCGCCCUAGACCGCGCGAAGAUAGCGUCACCGGCUCACCUGGCCAGAUGCAAGGCAUGCUACCGCCAUCGCGCUCCGAGACACCUCAACAGCAAAACUUUCCCGGCAUGCAGCAGGGCGGCGCUAUGCCUCAGCAGACUCCUGGCCAAUUCCCCCAUCUACAGGCAAAUGGGUCUGCCAAUGCCACACCAUCCCCCAUCAUGGGCAACCAAAUGCGCCCAGGCAGCGUCCCUCAGAGGGUCGCUACCGCGUCUCCUCAUCCCUUCUCUCCCGGCCCGCCACAGCAGCAGCAGUUCGCAUCGCAAGCAUCACCCGCCCCAUCCGAGCACGGUACGCCGCAGCCGAAUCAAUUCAUGCAGAAUGCACCUCAAGGCUACAAUCCCAAUUUCGCGCCAUCCCCGUCGAAUCCUCGUCCUUCGCCCAAUCCUAACGCGAUGGGCACGAACCAGAUGAUGCAGCAACACAUGGCCCAAAUGCCUCAGGGUAUGAAUCCGAUGCAAGCCAACAUGUAUGCGCAAAUGCAGCAGCAGCAGCAGCAGCAACAACAACAACAACAACAACAACAACAACAACAACAAGGACAGGGGCAGCAAGCGCCGGGGCAACAAGGGCAGCAACGGCAAAGCAGUCAAGGUCUGCAAGGCAUGUCCGAGCAGCAAAAGAUGGCCGCCUAUCAAAUGCGCCUUCAACAGCAACUUCAAGGCAACAUGCAGAUGCAAGCCCAGCUGCAGGCCCAAGGUAUGGGCCGCGGCAUAAUGCAGAAGCCCCAGAUGGCAGCCAUGCCUAACGGGCAGAUGGCUCAAGGCGGCAUGAGGCCUCAGCAGCGACCAAUGGGCGGAAUGAACCCCGAGCAAUUCAUGAAGAACCUGAGCCAUUUUAUGACCGCCAAAGGUCUCCCUUUCGAGCCUACACCCGUCGUUGCCGAGCGUACUAUCAACCUCAUGAUGCUGUUCCAACUUGUAUCCAGUAAGGGAGGAAUAAAGUCUGUGACUGCUGCUAAUGGCUGGGCUCACAUUGCGCAACAUCUUGGCCUUCCUCCCCAGAUUCCCAACGUUGUCACGGCUUUGAGACAAGUAUACGAACGAAACCUACAAAAGUUUGAAGAGGCCUGGAUCGCGCAGCAAAAGACUAGGAUGAUGGGACAAACUCCCAACAUGGCAAACCAGGGCACCCCUAAGCAAAUGCAACCCGGCCAGCAGACGCCGCAACAGAUGACGCCUGGUCAAAUGCCUCAGGGCCAGAUGGCUCAGGGCCAGAUGGCUCAGGGCCAGAUGGCUCAAGGCCAGAUGACCCCCGGCCAGAUGAAUCCCGGACAAGCCCAAAUGCAGCAGCAAAUGCAACAGCAAAUGCAACAGCAAAUGCAGCAACAUCCUCAGCAACAGCAGCUGCAUCAUCAGCAACAACACCAUCUACAGCAACAGCAGCAACAACAGAUGCAGCAACAGCAGCAACAACAGAUGCAACAACAGAUGCAGCAGCAUAUGCAGCAGCAGCAGCAACAACAGCAACACCAGCAACACCAGCAACACCAACACCAGCAGCAGCAAACUCCGAUCAAACCUGGCCAAGCGCCGGUCAAUGGAUUUGCGACGCCUCAGCCACAGCAACCGGGUAUGAUGAUGGGCCACCAACGGAACAGCCUUUCUAAGAGUGUUGACCCAAAUACUCCUGGUGACCCGUCUUUGCAGCCACCUGCCCACCACCGACAACCAAGCAUGCACAUUAGCCAUCAUGAGGGCCGUCCUGCGCCUCCUGCCACUGAAGUUCGCGCUCCACCCAUGAUGCAAAAGUCGGACGACUACAGCCCUUGUGCCCGCGAGUUGGCCACUUUUGGUGGCGUUGACCUGCACGCUGCCAACAUACUGGGUACGGAGCUGGAGCGCUGGAUGCCGACAGCCCCUACAAUCAACGAACUGGGCAACAUUGACAUCGCCUCCCUCACUAGGAGUUUGCAAUGUGGAAUGCAUAGCGAAGUGCGCCUCGCUUUGGACACACUGGCUACAUUAUCCAACUCGCCCAACCAAGCACACUUCCUGCAGCUGCGCUAUUGCGACGACUUGGUGGAUGCGCUCAUCGAUUGUGCCGAAGAGCAACUCGAUAUGCUUGUCGAACAUACCGUGGAAGUUGCGGACGAAAUCUCUCUGACAUCAUACGAGGACGUAGUCCGUGCCUGUCGCAUAGACAGGCUUGCUGUACGACAUUGCCCGGCGUACGGCACUGUGGAGUAUGACCUUGACCGUGCUGUUGAUAAACUGAUUUGCGUCACGACAAUUCUUCGCAACGUGUCGUUCCCAGGAGAGCAAAACGAGAACCACGCUGUUCUAGCAGACGAGAUGGUGAUCAAGUUCCUGUGCUCGGUCAUUCGUUAUCUCGGUACCCGGACCAUGUUGCUCCGAUCUCAUACCAACACGCUGGAUUUCAUGAAGGAUGUUGUGGUUCUCUUGUCCAACAUUUCCGCGGCUAUUGAAUUGCCGGGCCGUGAACAGGCGCUCUGCUUGCUCAACUUCCUGCUUGCAUUUGCGCCCUCGCCAGCUCCGACUGUCGUUGCCGGUUCAUUGUUCUUCACCCCAUAUGAGCCGAGUGUGCAGCCUUACCUUCCACAUGCCGUGGACUCCCUUGCCAAGUUGCUUGCACGCGACGAGCCGAAUCGCGGAUUCUACAAGGCCAUUUUCGGUCUCGAUUCUGGACAGAGCUCGAGUAAUGAUACUCUGACUCGAACGUUUGCGCUCGCCAUCUCGCCAUUACCAGACAAGUCAAUAGAGAGCGUGCGACAGCUCAACUACCCGUCGCUCAUUGAGGUGCGCAAACCGUUCCUUAUGCAGGGUCUUUUGGCUGCAGAGAUUCUGGCGUCCCUUGCUCCUGGCUUUGAAAGCGGCAUCGCGAAAGCAUGGCUGUCAUCUGGAGAAGGUCUGGCACAGAAUCUGACAAAGCUUGUGCGCGAGUUGAGCCAUGUCUUUGAGCGCCAAGCGGCGCGUGGUCCUAGGGGCAGAGACCUCGAGCUUGUGUACAUUGUUGUUGUGGCUGUAACAUUAUUAAGAAGGCUGGCGGAGAAGGCUCGGGAUCCCGGCGAGCCGAGCAUGUCGUUACCAAAGAGCGCUUUGCCGUCCUCGCAAGUGCUCAUGGAGGCGCUGUCAUUUACGUCGGCAGAAUGGACGAAGGACGGCAUGCUGCAGCAACUAUCGUCCGUCGUUAACAUGGCGCGGUAG